AUGGCGAACAGAUGGAGAAACUUGCCUCUCAGACCUCUGAUAGUGCGUAUAAUGGAAGUUCACCAAGCUACUUUGGAGAUAAAUAUAAUUGCAGGCCCUAUGCCCUAUGCCCUGCAUUCAAAUGAAAUUGAUAUAUCAGGAAACAGCCAUGAAAGAGAAACCAAGUGGCUGGAUUGUUCUUCUUCUUUUGAUGAGAGAUUACAAUUAUCAGGUAUUAUGUAUCAAUCUCAGUUACCAAAUGAACUGAACUUGGAACCAGUGGUGUUUACAAAUAAAAUUUCAAACAUGAUGCAACAAUGGAAAAUUACAGUUUUUCAUCAAACAAGAAACGAAAGUUACAUUCUAUCAAAGAAGCAACCUGAGGCUGAUUAUACUGUCCAAAAUAAAUUGGUUGUGGAGAGAUUAAACCUAAAGGAACGUUACCAGCACUUUUGGAAGAAGACCGUUGCCGAAUUGCUGAGGUUAUGA